GUUCGUCGUUAUAACAAGGCGAAUUUCCUCCCGUAACCGUUUACACACACAUUGUAAUUACAAUGCGCGUAUUUGUAAAGAUUAUGGCUGGCAAGACGAUUACAGUGGACGUUGAGUCUCCAGAGACAGUAAAAAAGUUGAAGGAGAAUAUUGAAGAUGAACAAGGUAUUCCAGUUCAUCGGCAAAGAAUUAUGUUUGGUGGAAAACAGCUAGAGAAUGAAAGGACAUUACAAGAUUACAAUAUUCAGGAUGAAUCUACAGUACAAUUACUCCUCCGCUUAGGAGGUGGUCCUUGCACAGAGUGCACUGUGGGUAUGGCACAUAAUUUUGCAAAAGAUCUUGCAAAACUUGAUGCAAAAAAUUUUAAAACAACGCACAUGAAAAGUAUGGCAGAUAGGGCCCUCCAGGUUGCCCAAAGUCUUGAACAAUUACAUAAGUUCCGAGAGAAUGAAGAUAAAAUCAAAAUCAAGCAUCAAUUGAAACUUCAAUCAAAGGAGGAACGUCAAUCAAAGUGA